AACUCGAAAUGUCCUUCUGUCAGACGAGAUAAUUAUCCUACAAUAUAUUUAUAUUUUUAUAUAUUUAUUUUAUAUUUUAUCCACGACGUCUAAUUAGUGAAGUCUCACGGUGGACCGACUGUACCGGGGGGAAUGUUGAUAGUGUUACACCAGACUUGAGGAGAAGAAGCUGCUCGCAUCUCUUCACUGUUAAUUUGUUUUAGCUGCAUUUUCUGUCACAUUACUUUUAUUUUAUCCACCGUAAAUGAGUCGCAGAGGAGACAGUGACGAUGACAGCAGCGGGAAGCGGAGGGUCGCGUAUGUUUACAGCCCGGAGUACAUCGAGACUUGCGACAGUUUAUCCAAAGUGCCAAACCGGGCGAGUAUGGUCCACUCACUGAUAGAAGCAUAUGGACUCCUUAAACACAUGAGCACCGUUAAACCUCAAGUGGCCACCAUAGAGGACAUGGCCAAGUUCCACACAGACUCUUACCUGGAGCAUCUCCACAAGAUCAGCCAGGACGGAGACAACGAUGACCCCCAGUCGGCCGACUACGGCUUGGGUUAUGACUGUCCAGUGGUGGAGGGGAUAUAUGACUAUGCGGCAGCAGUAGGGGGCGCUACACUGACGGCAGCCCAGUGUCUACUGGAUCAGAAGUGUGAGGUGGCCAUCAACUGGGCAGGAGGGUGGCACCAUGCCAAGAAGGAUGAGGCAUCAGGUUUCUGCUAUGUGAACGACGCUGUGUUGGGAAUCCUCAAACUGAGGGAGAAGUACGAGAGAGUCCUCUAUGUGGACGUUGACCUGCAUCACGGAGACGGUGUUGAGGACGCCUUCAGCUUCACAUCCAAAGUCAUGACCGUCUCUCUGCACAAGUUCUCCCCUGGAUUCUUCCCAGGUACGGGUGACCUGUGUGACACGGGGCUGGGUAAAGGCCGUUGGUACGCCGUGAACGUCCCACUGGAGGACGGCAUCAAGGAUGACAGAUACUACCAGAUUUUUACCAGUGUGAUGCAGGAAGUGAGGGCGCAGUUCAACCCGGAGGCGUUGGUCAUGCAGCUGGGUGCCGACACCAUGGCGGGCGACCCCAUGUGCUCCUUCAACAUGACCCCAGUGGGGGUGGGCAAGUGUCUGCGGCAUGUCUUGGAGUGGCAGCUACCUACACUGCUGCUGGGAGGAGGAGGUUAUAACCUUGCUAAUACGGCUCGCUGUUGGACCUACCUGACGGCAGCAGUGCUGGGAAAGACUCUCUCGUCUGAGAUACCAGACCACGAGUUUUUUACAGAGUACGGACCCGACUACUCGCUGGAGAUCAGCCCAAGCUGUCGACCAGACCGAAACGACACCAAACACCUGGACCAGGUCAUCAGCAUCAUCAAAGGGAAUUUAAAGAAUGUGGUUUAGGAGUCGGCAGCCUCCUUCUCCUCCUCCUCCACACACACACACACACACACACCAUGUUUCCAAACCAGGUCGAUGCUCGGCGGCUUUUAAUGAAGACAAUAUGGAGCAGACCCCUUCAGCCCUGAGGCAUGGAGCGAACGAGGGAGCGAUGAAGGCAGGAAAAAGGAGAGCGAGAGAGAAGGUUUUGGAAAACAUUAGCUGAGUGUUUCCAGGGGAAAACAGUUUAAUAAGAGGAGGGGGGGUGAUGUGGUUGCUGUACAGUGUCCACUGUUUAUAAUCCUUUUGUUUUUUGGAAAAGGUAUUUGUGUUUGUGUGAAUGAGAGUUUGUGGUGAGUUCAGUGUGGGUAUGUAAAACAGAAUUAUUACAAGGGGGGGGGGGUUACAGUCAGUGCACACAGAGUUUUUUGGUAUCAAGGGAUGCGUUUGUGUACGUCCUAUCAGUUGGAUAUUUCAAACUAAACGGAAAAACAGAUAUAUUCAGGUGUCCAGUUUCACGCUCACCGCGGUGCUGCUGUUAUUUUACCCCCCUGAGCACGGAUAAGCACUAAAACAGACAAAAGGCAAAACAGCGAGGUUCCCCAAACACCUUGUUAUACUUGUAAAAACCCCGGGUUUCUCAGCAGGUCCGGAAAGUCCUGAAAAGAAUUGAGAAACUUGGAAACUUUACAAAUAAACAGUCUGGAAAAGUUUGGAAAACAGACAGAAGUUGAUUUGCUCAGCCACAUUGUUUUGACCUCUGGGCAAAAGCUGUAAAUUAAACAUCUGGACAGAGUUUGUUAUUGUCUGUCCGUGGAAAAAAAGAACUUUUUAACUUUCCCUGCAUAUUUUCCGUUUAAAAUUCCAAAGAUUUCAUGAGCUUUAAGAAGCUUUUAGAAGCAGUCCUGGUCUGGCGUGACUGGAGAAGAACGUGUAAAUUAACAAACAUGGCUGUUGUUGGAAAAUUGACAGAAGCAGGUUUUCUCACAAGGACUCUUAAGUGUUUGGAAACGUCAUGUUUUACUCUGUAUGGUGUUAAACAGCCACUUGCACGACUCUUAAGUGUUUGGAAACGUCAUGUUUUACUCUGUAUGGUGUUAAACAGCCACUUGCACGACAUUUUGUCAGUCUCACAUAGCCAGACCUAUCUCUGUGGUGCUGUAUUAGCACUAGAUAAAGGUCUGGAAUCACCAAUUAUCUUUCUGCGAUAGGGUAAAAAAAUGCUCUGGCUUGUUUGUAUUUUUUUAAACCACGCAGAAUAGUGUUGGGCAAUGCUAAGCCCAGGACAGCGAUGGUGCCCUUGCAAAAUAGUGUCAGGGGUGAACUGAACAUUUGCACGUUGGGAUGCGAGCACUGUCAGCAAAAGAAAACACCACAAAAACAUGUAUGUCACUGAUAUGAUUCAACUUUCAUGUUGAAGAGACGAACAUAAUUUGAUAAUCGAUGCCCUCGAGGUGAAGCAUGACUACACUUUAGCUCUGGAGGAACUCGCUGGACCUGUUAAAACCACAGACGAAUUGCUGGCUAUACGUGACUCUAGUAGAAUGUUAUUAUGACGAUAUCGCAGAAGUUUGUGAAAUGGAUCGGUAUAUUAGUGAAGUUGCUCUCACUCGCAUAGGCUGCUGCCAGAGUUAAAAGAUGUGGCAAAUUGACUCCAACUGGUCGUGUAAGAAAACGUAACAACACCGUACAUGAGAGUCCUGCGAGACUGGGCUUUUCCAAGGUGUGCUCACAAUGUGUUUUAUUCUUCCUAGAUCUUCGCAACAGUUUACCGAUGCAACACAGCAGACAUGCCUUAUUGCACGAUCCAAAUCUAGUUUCAAGUUGUUCGCUCAAAGGUUGUAGUUUCCCAUUGCGAAGGGGGUUUGGAAACAGUAACACGCAGGUAGGGCAAGGAAUGGCAGUCUACAUCUGAUGAGUCAGACUACUACGCAGUUUAUCACUAAAAAAUUGACUGGAAUCUUACGAAUCGGCAGGAAAAGCGGGUCUCCAAAAGAAGGAGUCUGCAGUAUACACGGUUACUCUUAAAAAAUAAGCUACUUGAUCUCCACUUCAGUUGCUUUUACAUUGUCCUCAAGAAGUCUGCACCCACCAUGUAAAUGUAUAGUUUGUUGAUUUUCUGUGUUGCAUUUUUUUCUGUAUGGUUGUCAAAAAAUUCUAAAAACAUAACUGCAAAGUGCAUCUGAUUAUUCCCACAUCUGUAGAAGUUUGGAAAACAGAAACAUCUUGUUUAAUCCCCCCAGCUGUAGUGUUUCAGAUGUGGCACAUUAGUCACAUCACACAGCUGCACAUCAGACCAAACAGUGAAUCUGAAUCCUCUUAAUAAAGCCGAGGUGCACGUGGGAGUUUGACACAA